AUGGAAGGGCUGAAAAAAACUAAUCACUUUACCAUGAAAGAUUUCGAGUUAUUAUUCGAUAAGAAUUUAAAUCAAUAUUAUUAUAAGUUUAAGAAUGGAUUAGUUUCAUUCGAUUCUCCUAGUGAGAUUAAACAUAACAAGCCAUUUAUCAAAAAAUUAUUCAAGAGGCAACACUUGAAUAGAUCCAAUAGUUGUCAAUCACAAUUAUCUAACAGUUCACAAAGUUCAAGAGGUUCCCAAAGUUCCCAAAAUUCAGAUUCCUCGGAAAUUUCAAAUUUUUCAUUAACAAACAAGGUCAGAUCCAUCAAACCCCAUCAAUACAUUAACGAUAAAAAGGAAGAUUUCGAUGACGAAUAUCUUUUAAAUUUCAAUAAUUUCAAAAACUUUGCAGGUACUUCAUUAGCAUUGGAUUCUGAAGAUGAUGAUUCACAUUCAAUAGUUUCAUUUUAUCAUGAAGAUAAUGAAAGUGAAGACCUUUACACCUUCGAUAAAGAGAAGGAAAGAAUUGAAUUGAGAUUACAAUUCUUGAAAGAAUUAGAAUAA